GAGGAGUGGGAGGGUGAGCCCUGACAGACUGGACCUCCUCCUUUGUAAGCGCGUGUGAUCGCUGCGGCAGUCACAGACACAGUGAGAGGAUCUGCAGGAACAGAGGACCAGACAUGGAGGGGAAGGACGAGAAGAAGAAGCAGUCCGCAGACAAACAUCAACAAAACGGGGAUUUAAGCAGCAAAGAUGACAAAGACAAUAAGAAGAAGAAAGAAAAAGAGCCAAAGCUGCCCAUGGUCGGCCCCAUUGCUGUGUUCAGAUUCGCAGACAGUUUGGACAUUUUCAUGAUCCUGUGUGGGACGGUGAUGGCCAUGGCCAACGGGGUCGUGCUUCCUCUCAUGUUUAUUGUGUUUGGAGACAUGACUGACAGCAUGGUCAAUUUUCCUUCUGGCGGCUAUGAAAACAUCACAGCAACUUUCCCCAAUUUCACCAUAAUACAACAAAACAACACCCUACAAGAGGACAUGAAUGUCUAUGCCAUCUACUACUCCAUCAUGGGAGCUACCGUGCUGGUGGCAGCGUACCUGCAGGUGUCGUUGUGGACCAUGGCGGCCGGGCGACAGGUCAAACGAAUCCGCAAGCUGUUUUUCCACCGCAUCAUGCAACAAGACAUCGGCUGGUUCGACGUCAAUGAAACGGGAGAGCUCAACACACGUCUCAUAGAUGAUGUCUAUAAGAUCCAAGAGGGCAUUGGCGACAAGGCCGCGAUGCUGAUCCAGGCCUUCACCACCUUCUUGUCAUCCUUCGUCAUUGGCUUCACCAAAGGCUGGAAGCUGACUCUGGUCAUCCUGGCUGUGAGCCCUGCACUGGGACUUUCAGCUGCACUUUUCAGUAAAGUGCUGACGAGCUUCACGAGUAAAGAGCAGACUGCAUACGCCAAAGCAGGAGCUGUGGCAGAGGAGGUGCUCUCUGCAAUCAGGACAGUGUUUGCCUUCAGUGGUCAGGACAGAGAGAUCAAGAGAUAUCAUAAGAACUUGGAGGAUGCUAAGAGGAUGGGAAUAAAGAAGGCGCUGUCUGCGAACAUUUCCAUGGGCUUUACCUUCAUGAUUAUCUACCUCUCCUAUGCCCUGGCCUUCUGGUAUGGCAGUACUCUCAUCCUGAGCAAUGAGUACACCAUUGGGAGUGUACUCACUGUGCUCUUCGUGGUGCUUAUCGGAGCGUUCACCAUGGGACAGUCCUCCGCCAACAUCCAGACUUUUGCCAGUGCCCGGGGAGCUGCACAUAAAGUGUACAGCAUCAUUGAUCAUAAACCGAGCAUUGACAGCUAUUCGGAGGCCGGCUUCAAGCCUGACUUCAUCAGAGGAAACAUCGAGUUUAAGAACAUUCACUUCAGCUACCCUACGAGACCGGAUGUCAAAAUAUUAAACAACAUGUCUCUGAGCGUGAAGAGUGGACAGACCAUGGCGUUAGUGGGCAGCAGUGGCUGUGGUAAAAGCACCACAGUCCAGCUGCUGCAGAGGUUCUACGAUCCACAGGACGGAUCUGUUUUUGUUGACGGCCACGACAUCCGUUCUCUCAAUGUCCGCUACCUGAGGGAGAUGAUCGGCGUGGUGAGUCAGGAGCCCAUCCUCUUCGCCACCACCAUCACUGAGAACAUCAGAUACGGCCGCCUGGACGUGACGCAGCAGGAGAUCGAACAAGCUGCCAAGGAGGCCAAUGCUUAUGACUUCAUCAUGAAGCUUCCCGAUAAGUUUGAGACGUUGGUCGGAGACCGAGGGACUCAGAUGAGCGGCGGACAGAAGCAGAGGAUUGCGAUCGCCCGCGCUCUCGUCCGCAACCCCAAGAUCCUUCUGCUGGACGAAGCCACAUCUGCUCUGGAUGCUGAGAGUGAGACCAUUGUGCAGUCUGCACUCGACAAGGUCCGACUGGGUCGCACCACCAUCGUUGUGGCCCAUCGCCUCUCGACCAUCAGAAAUGUUGACGUCAUUGCUGGGUUCCAGAACGGUCAAGUUGCCGAGGUGGGCACUCACAGCCAGCUGAUGGAAAAAAAGGGAAUCUACCACACACUGGUCACCACACAGACGUUUCAGAACGUCAAGGAGGGGGAGGAAGCAGAGGAAGAGCUGUCGACGGAAAUGAAGAGCCCAUUGGCCAAUUCCCUCAGUGAGUCCACUCUGUACAAGAGGAAGACCACGAGAGGCUCCUCUGUUUCUGCGUCAGAGGGAGAGAAAGAGGAGAAAGAGAAGUCUGACAAGAACGAGACAGAAGAGGAUGAAAACGUGCCCCCCGUGUCGUUCCUCAAAGUGCUGCGUCUCAACCUUCCAGAGUGGCCGUACAUCUUGGUGGGGACCAUCUGUGCCAUCAUCAACGGCGCGAUGCAGCCAGUGUUUGCCAUCAUCUUCUCCAAGAUCAUCACUGUUUUUGCAGAGACAGAUCAAGAACUUGUCAGACAGAGAGCCACAUUGUUUUCCCUCUUGUUUGCUGUUAUCGGAGGUGUAUCAUUUGUCACCAUGUUUCUACAGGGUUUCUGUUUUGGUAAAUCCGGAGAGAUUCUGACCCUCAAACUGAGACUCAGUGCGUUCACGGCCAUGAUGAGACAGGAUCUUGGCUGGUUUGACAAGCCCAAAAACAGUGUCGGCGCGCUCACCACAAGACUGGCCACAGAUGCUGCACAAGUGCAAGGGGCCACAGGAGUACGUAUGGCCACACUGGCUCAGAACGUUGCCAACAUGGGCACCAGUCUGAUCAUCUCCUUCGUGUACGGCUGGGAGCUGACCCUGCUCAUCCUGGCCGUGGUGCCCGCCAUGGUGUUGGCUGGAGCUGUGGAGAUGAAGCUGCUCACUGGACACGCUGCCGAGGACAAGAAGGAGCUGGAGAAGGCUGGAAAGAUUUCUACUGAAGCCAUUGAGAAUAUCCGAACUGUCGCCUCUCUCACCAGAGAACCCAAGUUUGAGUCUUUGUAUCAGGAAAACCUAAACGUGCCAUAUAAGAACUCCACGAAAAAGGCUCACGUGUACGGCCUCGCCUUCUCCUUCUCCCAGGCCAUGAUCUACUUUGCUUAUGCAGGCUGUUUCCGAUUUGGAGCUUGGCUUAUUGAAGAAGGAAGGAUGGACGUUCAGGGGGUUUUCCUGUGA